AUGAAAACAGUUCAAAAUCCAACUCAAUAUUUCUUUGAGUAGUCAAAUAAUCCUUCAAGUGAAUAUUUACCAAAGAUAAAUGAGUUUCUUAGUAAGUUGUUAAAUCAAAAGCAAUGUGUUUUAUGCAAGAAUGAUUAUAAUAUGAAGGAUAGAUUGCCACGAAUAUUGAUUCAUUGUGGUCACACAAUUUGCACUGCUUGUCUCUCAAAUUUCUACAGAAAUAGAAGAGUUAGAUGUCCACUCUGUUUAAAGUUAAUAAAGCAUCUCGAUUCUAUUGAUAGAUUACCUAUCAAUCAUUCGAUAUUCACAAGAAUUUCUGAUGAUAUUAACAAAAAGAGUAAAUUGCACGGUGGUACAGAAGUGAUAGAUCCGCAACAAUACUUAUUCAAUUAAUUCUAAUAAUCGGCGUUAUAAUCAUAAAAAGCAAGAUAACAAGAGUAAAACACUCAUCCUUAAGUUGAUCCUGACUCAGGAUUAGAGUUUUGUGAGUUCCACACUGACAGAGUGAAACACUUUUUUUGUAUGAAACACAAGGUUACGUGUUGCAGAAUUUGUUCUGAGAUGAUUCAUCAAAAGAAAGAUUGCAUAGUGGUGGAUUUGUAUGAGAUCGAGGACGUACCUUAGUUUUUGAAGGAGGCGUAUCAACUCAAUGAAGAAAAUAAUAAUAAUCAGUAAGUGAAUUAGGGGAGAGAAGACAUGGGUUUUAUUGAGGAUUGUGAAUAAAAUGAUGGGGAGAAUCAAUUUAAUGAUGAUGAUUUGGAAGGGGAAUUUGAGGAGAAUAGCGUUUAAAGCAUCUGAGAGAUUCAUUUACAAGAUAUACAUAUAUAUAAAAUAAUCGGUCUUAAAUCUUUGGUUGUUGCAAGGUGAUUAUUCUUAAUUUUACUAAUUCAAGUUAUUGUUGGAUUUUAU